CUUCGAAAUAGGUUAUGUAACUAAAAACAAAAUGAUUUCACAAUUUAAAAAAUAUAUUAUUUAACUUAUUACAAAAUGAUCCGAAACACUUUGCAGAACGGAAUUAAGUAUGCAUUUUUACCAAUUUCAAGCUGGUUAGAUGGAGAUCAACUAGAAAAUAGAACUCCAACAGAACAAGAAGCUAAUAAAUCUUUAACAGAAAAAGAAACGGGAUGGGAUCGUUUAAAAAAAAUGUUUGAAGUAGAUGAAUUUGGAAACGUUUCUCGAGAAGUUAAUUCAAUAUUACAGGUUGGAGUUUUUAGUUUGUUUAUUGGUGGGGUAUAUGGUGGCGUUAUUAAUAGUAGAAGUGCGUACCUGGAAUUUAUGCAGAACAAUGAAGCUACUUCGUUUAAAAGUCAUUUAGAUGCAAAGCAAAAAUUGCAGGACAAAGUUACCAUCAGUUUUGGAAAAGGAGCUUUUAAAUGGGGUUGGCGGUUAACAUUAUUCUGCACUUCGUUUGUCGGAAUAUCUACUGCGAUUCAAACGUACAGAGGAAAAUAUGGAAUUAGAGAAUAUGUUAUUGCAGGCGGCAUGACUGGAGCAAUGUACAAAUUCAAUAUGGGCCCAAGAGGGUGGAUAAUUGGUGGCGGCUUAGGAUCUGUCUUGGGCCUCAUUUGUGGGGGAACUACCAUCGGCCUGCUCAAAUUAACUGGAAUUUCAAUGGAAGAGGCCAGAUACUGGCAAUAUUACUUAAAGCAUUCGCGUGACGAAUAUUUCAGGAAAGGAAUGGCCGAUUAUUUGCAAAAAGAAGACUUUGCCGUUAUAAAAUUACACGACGAUCAAAUAGGCGAAGCGGGCAAGGAUAUUUCAAAUUUAGAUAGAAAUGUUAAUAGCGCAGAUAAGAAAUAAAGUGAUAUUAUUUAAACUGG